AUGGAGAUGCAGGACAUUAUGAGCGAGGAAGGGACAGAGCCAGAAGGAUCAGCCAUCAUAACAUCCCUUUUAAACACCAGCAUAGAUGGCACCACCAACUUCACCAAUAUCACUUUUUUCCCCUACUAUCAACACUCUCUUUAUGUAGCUGCCAGCUACAUCCUGGCUUACUUCUUCAUCUUCUUGUUGUGUAUGGUGGGUAACAUCCUGGUGUGUCUGAUUGUCCUGGAAAACCGUUGUAUGCGCACAGUUACCAACCUCUUCAUUCUCAACCUGGCUAUAAGUGACUUACUGGUGGGAAUCUUCUGCAUCCCUACAACACUGGUGGACAACCUUAUCACAGGUUGGCCCUUCUCCAACACGGUGUGCAAGAUGAGUGGAUUCAUCCAGGGUGUGUCUGUAUCGGCAUCCGUCUUUACCCUGGUAGCCAUUGCUGUUGAAAGGUUUCGUUGUAUAGUAUAUCCUCUACAGCCCAAGCUGACCAUCUUUGUUGCCAAGGUAGCCAUUGUGACAAUCUGGGUGUUAGCGUUGGUGAUCAUGUGUCCAGCUGCAGUGGCACUUACUGUGGAACAAGUUCCUUUCCAUUACAUGGUGUACAAUGAUGAUUUCAACAACACAUUGCCUUUGUACACCUGCUACGAGAACUUUGCCAAGCCUCAGAUGAGGAAGGUCUACACAGCAGUUUUGUUUGCCCAUAUCUACCUGGCACCCCUUACAGUCAUCACACUGAUGUACGUAAGCAUUGGAGUCAAACUCUGCUCCUCUGUUGUCGCAAACAGAGAACCACAGCAGGAGAAUGCUGCAGCCCAUGCACGAGUCAGAAGACAUGGUCACCCAAUGAUAUCCCACAAAAAGAUAAAGGUGAUAAAGAUGCUUGUUGUGGUGGCUUUGCUUUUCAUGCUGUCCUGGUUGCCACUCUGGACUCUGUUUAUGAUGGCAGAUUAUGGAGGCUUGGACCGGCACCACCUGGACCUUCUGACCAGCUACAUCUUCCCUUUUGCCCACUGGCUAGCUUUCUCCAACUCAAGUGUGAACCCCAUCGUCUAUGGCUACUACAAUAAGAACUUUAAGAAGGGCUUCCAGGCCAUGUGCAAGUCAAAGUCCCUCUGUUGCUUCAUGCAUCUCAGAAGUCGAAUAGCAAAGUGGGGGAGGAAAAGAAGAUCUGUGCAAGGACCUUGUGAAGGUACUGAUAUAAGAGAUGACACAAACAAUCACAACCACUUUGUGUUGGGAAUGAGAAACCGUGUUCAUAAUAACAGCAAGCUGAGUGACACACCAGAGGUGAAUAGGGGCUCAAGGGUGGGGUGUGUGGCGGUUCACUCAGGCAGAAGUCUUUCAGAUCAAGGCUUAGAAAUGGCAGCCAUACAAAAGAAAAGCAGCAGCGGAGAAACGUCAGAAAAGGUUAGCUCACUGGCAGUUUCAGUGUAUCAGGCCUGGGAGAACUGA